AUGGGCGAAUCGAUGGACAUUGAUGAUGUCAUUGGCAGAGAAGAUCCAACAAGCAGGCAAAAUGAGGACUUUCUGCUGCGUAAGACUUGGGUCGACCGUAUUGUUGAUGAGCUGGAUGAAAAUUUGAAGUUGUUUUUCCGUGUGAUGGUUGGUUUUCGAAAUUUACCCAAUAACCACGAGCGGGAGAAGAUUUAUUUGGAAUUGUCUGCAUCUGUGAAAUCGAAUGAAGAUGUUAUGGUUGAUCGUUUGAAUCAUAUUCACACGAACCUGCAAUGUUCCCGCUAUACGAUUCUUUUAAGAUACAAACACAUAUUGAAAGCGGUGCAAAAUAUCCGGGGCAUGCUGCCAAAUGGAAAACAAGCUCUACAGCUCAACAAACGCAAGAAAACUAUGGAUGAGUCACUACAAUGGAUUACGGAUAUUCUGGCCAGCAGGGCAAGGAUUCGCAAUCUGACAAAGAAAAUUCAUGCAAUGCAGAGCGAAAUUGACGAAACUAAAUUGGAGCUGUUUACGUUGAAGGACCGAAGCUCCCGGGAAAUAGAAGACAUCACUGAAAAGUCCGAACUGAAGCUGUCUGCUGUCAAGCAAUCCGAAGACGAACGGUUUGCGGAACUUCAAGAGGAAGCAUCUAAAAAAGUUCUCGGUCUGGAGCAAAUCGAAGAGUACCGUGAUUUGUUGAGGGAACGCGAUCAAAAACGCCGAAGGAUCAUCAAACUAACCGUUCAGCUGCAGCAGUGGAUCAAACAGUACGACAAGUUUGUAGGGGAUCCGAUGAAGGAACUAAAGCCUAUCGAAGAAGAAACAAAACGAUUUGCAGAAUGGAAGAACGCGGUCUACCAUCCACAGAAGGACAAGUUGAAACAGUUGAUGGUCGGAGUUGAGUUGAUGAAAUCCGAGCAAAUGAUGGCCCAGGUUGACCAGUUCCGGAUUGCGCAUGCAGCUCGGGUACUGCAGAGAGCAUGGCGUAAGGUUCUAGAGAAACGCAAAAGUCGGAAAAAGGGCAGAAAAGGCAAAAAGGGCAAGAAAAGAAGUCAGAAGAAGAAAUGA